AUGUUGGGUGUUAGAACGUCUUUAUUAAGGGCAUCAAAGCGUAGUCUAUCAUCUACUGCGAGAAAAUUUGCAGAUGUGCAAGUCACUGUUGACGGUAGAACGGUCUCUAUCGAGGCUGGUUCUUCCAUUAUUCAAGCUGCUGAUAAGGCUGGAGUAAUGAUCCCAAGAUACUGUUAUCAUGAUAAGUUAGCUAUCGCAGGUAACUGUCGUAUGUGUUUAGUUGACGUUGAAAGGAUGCCCAAGUUAAUUGCUUCGUGUGCCAUGCCAGUACAAAAUGGAAUGGUCGUCCACACAGAUUCAGAGAGAAUCAAAAAAGCAAGAGAAGGUGUUACCGAAAUGCUUUUGGAAAACCAUCCCUUGGAUUGUCCAAUUUGCGAUCAAGGUGGAGAAUGUGAUUUACAGGAACAGUCUAAUAGGUAUGGCGCAGAUCGUGGCAGAUUUAAGGAGUUGAUGGGUAAAAGAGCUGUCGAAAAUAAAGCUAUUGGUCCUUUAGUCAAGACUUCGAUGAACAGAUGCAUUCACUGUACUAGAUGUGUAAGAUUCAUGAAUGAUAUUGCAGGCGCUCCUGAAUUAGGUACUUCAGGCCGUGGAAAUGACUUGCAAAUUGGAACGUAUAUUGAGAGAAAUAUCAACUCUGAGUUAUCAGGUAAUAUAAUUGAUUUGUGUCCUGUUGGUGCGUUGACUUCUAAGCCUUAUGCAUUCAGAGCGAGACCUUGGGAGUUGAAAAGAACAGAGACAAUCGAUGUAAUGGAUGCAGUGGGCUCAAACGUUAGGGUUGAUGCCAGAGGAAUGGAAGUUAUGAGAGUUUUACCGAGGCUUAAUGAUGAAGUCAAUGAAGAGUGGAUAUCUGAUAAAACAAGAUUUGCCUGCGAUGGUUUAAAGACUCAGCGUUUGACCACACCAUUAAUUAGGAAUGGAGACAGAUUUGAGCCUGCUACUUGGGAUGAAGCAUUGUCUACUAUUGCUGCAGCAUUUAAUAAAAUUAAACCUGUGGGAGAUGAAAUAAAAGCAAUUUCUGGAGCUUUGACCGAUGUAGAGUCCAUGGUUGCCAUAAAAGAUUUGUUGAAUAAAUUGGGAUCAGAGAAUGUUACAACUGAUGUAAAGCAAGCCAGUGAUGUUUACGGUGUUGAUGUGAGAUCCAAUUAUACUUUCAACUCUACCAUUGAUGGCAUAGAAGAAGCCGAUCAAAUUUUAUUAGUUGGUACAAACCCAAGACUUGAAGCCGCAGUUUUGAAUGCUAGAAUUAGGGGUGUGUGGUUGAGACUGAACUUGGAGAUUAGCCAUGUAGGGCAGGAAUUUGAAUCUACUUUUGAACUCGAGAACUACGGUAAAGAUGCCAGUGCUUUGAAAAAGGCACUUGAUGGUGUACUUGGUAAAAAGUUGGCUGCUGCUAAAAACCCAAUGAUUAUUGUUGGUUCUGGUGUUGCUGAGUCCGAAGACGCUGCGGCCCUUUAUAAUACCGUAGCUGACUUUGCAAGCAAACAUUCGAAUUUCAAUACUCCAGAAUGGAAUGGUUUGAACUUAUUACAUCGUGAAGCUUCUCGUGCCGGUGCCCUUGAUGUCGGGUUUGUGACAUUGAAUCCAAAGACAGCUGAAACUAAAGCUAAAAUCCUUUAUUUAUUAGGUGCCGACGAGGUUACCAGUAAAGAUAUACCAAAGGAAGCUUUCGUAGUUUACCAAGGACAUCAUGGUGAUGUUGGUGCAACUUUUGCUGAUGUCAUCUUACCAGGUUCUGCUUACACAGAAAAGUCUGCCACUUACGUAAAUACUGAGGGUAGGACACAGAUAACUCGUGCAGCCACCAAUCCCCCCGAUUCUGCUCGUGAGGACUGGAAGAUCAUUAGAGCGUUAUCCGAGUACUUAAACUCUCCAUUGCCUUAUGACGAUUUGUAUUCUAUUAGAUCGAGGCUUGGGGAAAUUGCACCUCACUUGGUAAGACAUGAUGUGAUUGAACCUGUUUCUCAGGAAGUAGCUCAAAUUGGUCUUAAAGACAUCGUCUCUAAAAACAAAAAUGCUAAGGCUACCGGUAGUCCAUUAAAGAAUCCUAUUGACAAUUUCUACUUCACCGACGUUAUUUCUAGGUCAUCACCUACAAUGGCCAAAUGUAUUGCUUCUUUCGGUGCUAAGAUUGAUAAGUCAAUCGACACGAUGCCAACUGUUGAUUUUUAA